AGACCCCGACCUCGGACCGCCCCGCUUGGGGGCGGGGCCGCGGACGUGCGUCCGGGCGAGUGCGUGCGGCCCCAGUGCGCAUGCGCGGGCUCCGGGGCUGGGACGUGGCUAUAAGUGGGCGGUGUGGGCGGCCUCCCGGCGUUGCCUGCGGAGGGCUGCGCUUUUGUGCUCCGAGAAUCUUCUUGGUUGCGAUUCAGCUCUGUCCCGGGGCUGACUUUCUCGACUCCUGCACGACCCGCCGUUACCGCGAGUGGACGGCUCCUGGCCCUUCCUCCUGGAGCAUCCAGAGGCCUUCCAGAAGUGGAAGAAAGCUUUACUGCUCUACAGAGGAGUGUGGGGUCCUUUCAGCCAUGAAGCCUCUGUUGAACCUCUAUCUCUUAGGUGUGGUGUUGACCCUGCUCUCCAUUUUCGUUAGACUGAUGGAGUCCCUGGGAGGCUUACUGGAGAGCCCGUUACCUGGGAGCUCCUGGACCACCAGAAGUCAACCAGCCAGCACAGAGCCCCCUAGCCUUCCAGACCAUCCAUCCAGAGGGGUGUGA